GUUACUCCUCCUUUGAUGUGUCUGUUUUCAUGUUCUUUUCUUCUAUGAUUGUCUUAGUGGGAUCUCCUGGUACAGAGUUGAAAAUGAGAGGCAAUGUCCCUCUCACAUACCAAGUGGAAGGAAGCCGGCAGGCCCUGAAAGUUUACUUCUACAUCGAUAGCUACCAUUUUGAGCAGCUGCCUCAGCGGUUGAAGAACGGAGGAGGGUUUAAAAUUCAUCCUGUUCUCUUUUCACAAGCCUUGGAAAGCAUGGAAGGAUAUUACUAUAGAGACAAUGUUUCCGUGGAAGAGUUUCAAGCCCAGAUAAACACGGCCUCCCUGGAAAAGGUCAGACAAUACAAUCAGAAGCUCAGGGCAUUCUACUUGGACAAGUCAAAUUCACCACCAAAUGCCACAUCCAAAGCUGCCUACAUAGAUAAGCUCAUGAGGCCUCUCAAUGCUCUAGACGAGCUUUACCGGCUGAUCACCUCGUUCAUCAGAUCCAAACGCAUCGCCGCCUGUGUGAACACACCCUGCAGUGCCUCUGGAGUUGGGCUGUUGUCUGUUUCCUCGGAGCUGUGUGACAGGCUGGGUGCCUGUCACAUCAUCCUGUGCAGCAGUGGUGUGCACAGGUGCACCCUGAGUGUUACACUGGAGCAGGCCAUCAUUCUAGCCAGAAGCCAUGGGCUGCCUCCUAGAUACAUUAUGCAGGCCACCGAUGUGAUGAGAAAGCAGGGUGCAAGAGUUCAGAACACAGCUAAGAACUUGGGGGUUAGAGACCGGACUCCUCAAUCAGCUCCAAGGCUGUACAAGCUGUGUGAGCCACCACCUCCCGUUGGAGAAGAAUAAGCAUUCCCAAGAGCCAGGCAAGCAGAAGCUUCCAAAUGCUCGCCAAGUCCACCGUUCUCCUCUGAAGAUAACGAGAUGCAUAUUUAAUAUGUAACCCUUUCCCCUGGUGUAAAUAACUGAUGUUUGGUUUCCCUUUGGAUAUUUAUGUUGGAACUAGCAACUCAUUCAGACAGUUCAGCAUCACACUCUAUGUAUUGACAUUAAAGAUUCGUAUUAGGGCAAAAUUCACUGCUGGAAUUUAUAGGAAAAAUAUACAGAGAUAAAGGAUUAA